ACCCAAUCCGCGUCUUUCGUUGACCCUUUAGUCAGGUCUUUCAACAAUGGUAAGCUUUAGAAGGUCAAAAUAUUUUAUGACGGACCUCUUUUUCGACGACUCCGUUGUCUUUUCUGCAUAUAUUGCCGUGUUUAUGACGGUUUGGGCGGCAGGUUCCUUCUAUUUCCUCUACUCUACCGCAACCACCGUUGACAAUAUCCUACAAAGAGCGCCAACCAACUGUACAGUUAUAUCAGUCAUGGCCGCUUCUAAGGAUUGGAAUAUCCAUGUAACCUACCCUGUCCCUGGUCAGCCCGAUAACUUCACCGCUCUCCUUGGAAAUACCAAUGCAAACGACAUGUACACUUUGAACCAGACGCUUUCAUGCUUCUAUUCCAUUCAUGACUAUCAUGAAGUGGUGCAAUUCGACGAUGGUUUGAGUGUGGUUUACAUUGUGCUACUGAUGAUGGCAUGUGUAGCGGGUGCAAUAGGUCUCGUAGGGUUGCUCUAUGCCAUGGUUAUGGCCAUAAACUUUCUAUUGAUAUUCUUUGAAGUCAUAUUAUGGAUUGGAGGCACUGUGGUCAACUACGUACUAGAAAAGAUCGACCCCUUUCUAAAGUAUAUAGCAAAACCUCAGGAAGAAUCAACUUCUGCGACACAGAAGCGUUCCAUUUUCACCACGGCCUCUUACUAUCUGACGAUACCCGCUAAAUACUAUCAGGUGGCAGUUGGAGGAAUUCGAAUCUGGAUUCAGGCACGAAAAUCGCAACCAAUGGAUGCGUAUGACAUGGAGGAACAAGCUACGCUAAUAGCUCACGGACACUCUGAUUAUGAUGAUGAGCAAACGACGGUACAUAACAAUCUUACUGAUAAAUCUGACGACGAAGACCGCCAUUCCACAGGGUCUAGUACGCUUUUUGACCGAUAACAGAAUGGUGUCCUGCAUUGACUUUCUUUGACUGCCGUGAGGCAGCUCUUCAUUAUACCACCAAUUUAUCGUCCACUCAUAUCACUAUUUUAUUCAUUUUGUGUCGAUGUUAAAUAAAUACCAAAAAAAACUGCAAGUCUUUCUCAAAA